UGGUACACUUAAUAAUGAUAUAUUUUAGCUUUAAGCCCCGUAAAAGGUCAUGCUACUUCUUCACAAGAUGGAGUCUACACAAUUCGGGCAUGUCAAGCAGAAAGAAACAUGAUUGAUCUGUAUGAUAGAUUCCAAGAUGAACAUACCAAGGCCACAUCACUUUCUCUGACAUCUGAAUGCUGGUUUGCAAUAAGACUUGACCUUCUUUGUGCCAUUUUUGUAAUCGCAGUAUCAUUCUUAUGUUUUGCGCAGAGUGAUGGACUGAAUGCUGGUUAUGUGGGUCUUUCUGUUACAUAUGCUAUGUCUUUAAUGGCUUUAUUUCAAUGGUGUGUGCGACAGAGUGCAAAUGUAGCGAACCAGAUGGUUUCGGUUGAAAGCAUUUUAGAAUACAUUAAACUUACGCCUGAAUGUACCACUGGGAAAGCUCUUCCUCCUGAAUGGCCAAAGAAUGGUGUAAUAUCAUUUGUACGGGCAAGUCUCAAAUAUCCCGGAACCGAACAGCCCGUUUUUAAAGACUUAAAUUUCACCAUCACAGAAAAGGAAAAGGUAGGAAUUGUUGGCAGAACCGGAGCCGGCAAAAGUUCUUUGAUCACAAUGUUAUUCCGCUUAGUAGAAUCAGAAGGUCAGAUUUUGAUAGACGAUAAGGACAUUAGAGAAAUAGAGCUUCAUACAUUGAGACAGCAGAUUGCCAUUGUCCCACAGGAUCCUGUUCUGUUCACGGGAUCGUUGAGGAGAAAUAUAGAUCCAUUUAGACGUUAUCAAGAUGAGGAGAUUUGGAAUGCACUUAACGAGGUGCAGCUGAAAGAAGAGAUUGAACAGUUAAAGGAACAUCUGGAUUUUAAAGUUGCUGAAGGUGGUAGUAAUUUUAGUGUUGGACAACGCCAGCUCAUUUGCCUAUCACGAGUUCUUUUGCUGAAUAGGAAAAUAGUCAUUAUUGAUGAAGCUACAGCCUAUGUUGAUUACCAGACGGAUGCUAAAAUUCAAAGUGUGAUUAAACAGAAAUUUAAAAACAGUACAGUUCUUACUAUUGCUCAUAGAUUGCAAACAGUUAUGGAUUUAAACAGAAUUUUGGUUCUUGAGGAAGGACAGGGUACAUUUGGUGAACCUUACCUGCUUCUCCAGGACAAAGAUUGUAGUUUACUGAAGAUGGUUGAGGAAACUGGAAAAAUGAUGGCAUCGAGUCUUAAGAAAAUUGCUAAGGAAGCAUAUGAGAGACAACACGAACGUCUGCCUAUAUCAGAUGGUUUUGAUAAUGUUAAUGCGGAAAGCGUCUUGUAUAAACGUACGCAUCGGGAAUGCAAUAUCACUGUCAUAAAUGAGGAAGCCAACAAAAAAAACGAAGUUCUUGAAAUAAAAAAAGUUCAAGAUGUUACUGAUUAAAUGAACACUGUGGAGUGUCUUACAACUACAGGGCUGUUUCAGAUAUUUAAGACUUAGUUUAGAUUAGCAAAUAUAUAUAGACAUUAUUAAUGAAAUUUUAUUGUUGACAUGUUUGAAUGCUAACAAAGGUUUUCAAAUAAAUUUAAUGUAGAUUAUGUCAUGCAAUAAAAAACACAUAUAAUGUAAAGAUGUUUGAUUCAAAAUCUGUGAAGCCUGUGCAUUUUCAACAAUUGACACAUUAUUUAAUAUGAUAGAAUUUGCACUAUUUGAAAUAAAUGUAAUGAGCAUUACGAUGAUUGUUGAAUCAAAAGUAUAUGCGAACAUUUCAGUAUUUAAUGGUUUACGUAAUACAUCUUAAGUUUAAGAUACUGAAGAUUUUGUCUGCCUUUCCUUUUUCCUUCUUCGUAUCUGUUUCAUAUAUGCUACAGGAAAAUAAGUUAAAUGACAUUUUUAAUCAUUAUUAAAAUAGGUUUAUGUUCAUCAAUUGAAACAUACUAAAGCCUAAAAUAUGAAGACUCUAUCUCAUAUCAUUCCAUAGAUGAGACAAUUCUCAAAAGUAUUUUAUAUUGUCUUAAACACAAUUCUUAGAACGUCACGCAAACAUUAACAUGUCAUAGUUUCAGUAUUUCUAUGUGUAAAAUUAAAGAGAUUUUACCUUUACUUCAGUCGGAAAAUAUGUUUUUAAAGUGUCAUGUAAUAACAAGCAAGUAAUAAUUCAUAUUUGCCGUUUGUAAGAAUCUAAGACGACCGACAAAAAAGUGCAAUAUUCCUUUUAUUCACGCGUUGUAAUCUUCGGGUAUAUAAUUCAACAUUAUGAACAAAAUCAUAUAACCCUUUUGGAGCAAAUGCAUUGUUUAACAAUUACAAUUUCCUGCUUUGAUAUUUAACAAUUCAUACGCUUGCAUUUUCAGCAUUUUGAUAGUUAUUUACAGGAUUAUUGCUUGAUAUCAGACAGUUUUAAGCAUUGUUCAUUAAUAUGAAAAUAAUUAAUAUUUAAAGGCAUUAGCUUAACACUUGAGAACAUGUGGAAUUUUGUUUGUAACCGGAAAUCAAUAACACUGUUUUCAAUGUAUGCAAUGUAUAUAUUUAACAAGGAAACACUAAAUUAAUAAUUAUCGGACUUAUGUACUUGUGUGUCUUAGAGAGUGUAUAGUAAUGAUAGUUUUAACUAAGUGAUUAAAAUCCUUUUUUAGUAAAUUUGUUGUUUCACAUUUCAUUUAUUUUUGAAUAAUACGAAUAUAAUAAUGAUUUAUAAAUUUGUCUAGAUUAAAAGUUAACAUUUUGAUAUAGAACACGAACAAAUAUUACAGACUGUCUAAAGUUUCAUACGAGUAGGAGAUAUUAACAAUACCAUUGUUUUAUUUAAAUACAGACCGUCAAUGCAAAUAGGACUAUACAUACAUAUUUAUAAGAUAGUUCAAUCGUAAGGAGUGGUAAGAGCUUAUUAUAUAUAAUAAAACAACUUUUAUUUCAUGGAAAUGACUUUUCCUGUAUCAAAAGAAGACACAAAACAUGGAUUGUAGACUUUAAACCUACAAUACAUAUACUUAGGGUAAGAAACACACAUUUUAAUGAUCAAGAUUCCCACUUAAGUUAUUUGGUUAUACCUUAGCGUUUUAAAAAAGCACAAGUUAAUGACUGAGUAACACACAAUACAACUGUAAUAAGGGACACUUUGACGUUAACUGUGCUAUGAUCCAAAAUAACAUAAUAAUACACUUUGCAAAAAGCCAGUUAAUAACAAAUAAACUCAAUGUGUAUUGAACAAUUGAGUAAUACUGAACGACUAAUUUGCUUUUUAAAUCAAAUAGAAAAGAAAAAAAUACGAAUAAGCCCUAGGAACGUAUUUUUGGAAACUUAAGGAUUCCAAUAUUAUCCAGGUAAAGAAAAACACUAUCUCAAACAAACAAAAAAUAUCCUAUCUGCUUUAGAUAAUAAAUAGUGUGAGUUGUAAUAUGAUAUUGUGAAAUGACAGAAGCAAAUAUAUCAAAAUGGACCUUUGAUAGUCUUAAUUAAGAUUUUUAGAUGAUAAUCAGAACGGAAUAGAACAGAACAGAGUUUUUUUUAUUUCCUCCAAAGGUUCAUGGCAAAAAAAGCAUAGGGGCAUACUAUAUCCAGAAACAAUAUGAUUAACACACUUCCGAUAGCACUGUAUCUGCCAGUCGAUGAAUAGUGUUCCGAUUUAAAAUAGCGUGAUGGUUCAAUGACAUUUAAUGAUAAAGAUGUUUAAUGGGGUGGGGGAGCAUUCAACUAAGAUUUAAUACGCACAGUAUUCAUCUGAUGAUAUAGUUUUAUGAUAUACAAAUACAAGGAAAAGUAUCAAUGUUAUUGCUAUAUUAUUAGAAAACAACAACAAACAAUUAAAGUAAAAGUUUAUAUCAUAUGAUUUUGAAAUCAUCACGAUGUUAUUGUACAUGUAUGUAAACAAUA